AUGGCCUACACCAAGAUCACCCUCCUCGCCCUGGCGGCCGCCCUCUCCGUGGCCCGAGGCAGCCCUGUGGCAGGAUACGGUGGAGUCGUCGUGGACGCGGGCCUCGGAGCCGCCCAGUCUUACAGCCGCCUCAGCGUCCCGGUUGCCGCCUCUUCUGUGGUGGUCGUGGAGCCCGAGAUCAUCGCGUACCCUCGGUACGGCUUCAAGUACGGCGUGGAGGAUCCCAAGACCGGUGACGUCAAGGACCAGGCCGAGGAGCGCGACGGCGACGUCGUGAAGGGCGAGUACUCGCUGCUGCAGCCCGACGGCAGGAAGCGCGUCGUCAGCUACGUUUCCGACAAGGUCAACGGAUUCAACGCCGUCGUCUCCUACAGCGGCGAGGCGGUCCACCCCCAGGUCGUUAAAGUCGACCCCGUCCAGGUCCAGGUCCCGCUCAAAGUGGCCUCGUAUGGGGCCGCCCUCUCGUCGGCCUACUAGGGACGUUCGAAUAUGACCGUGACUGAUAAACUCGACAUUCCAUAAGAUUUUCCGCCCUGUAAAUAUCUCAUCGUCCACCAAUAAAA